AUGAAAAUGCUGCGAUACUUUAAUAAUACCACUCUCAAGCGCCAACACACUGAGAUGGCCGUGGACAAUACCAUCGACUUGGACCGUGAGCUUCGGCCUCGGAAGCAACAGCGGGUCGAGGGCGCCAGCGAAAAGAUCCCAACCGAUCCGGACAACCUCAUGGAUAACUGGCUCAUCUCAUCGCGAGAAACGAAGUCGCAGCGCAACUCGAGAGAGCCCAAAGAUCGCGAAGCGUGGGAAGCAAGACGAAAACUUCAUCCUCUGCUACCCAAGACCCAGUGGUCGUGGCAAUACACAGGGGGCGUCCAGCAGCGCAACUGGGUUGUUAGUAAAGAGACGAAUAGCCUCACCCUAAACGAGCAGAGCCCGUGCAGUUUCUCUUCAGAGCUGGGUGACGUGGAGAUAUCUGGGAUAUAUCGAGAAUAUUGGCUAUGCGGCGACAUUCAGAAAUUUCUUGCUACUCUGUACAAUAAAUAUGGCGUUCAGGGAACACUUCCAGAGCCGAUAGUUUGGAAGAUCUUUGCAUCUUUAAUCUCGGAGCUGGUCCCAAAGAGUCACGCGUGGCCAGAAGCACCCGCUUGCAUUGUGGCCUCCCCAAACACGAUAUGGCAAGUCGGAAAAUGUAUGCUUCACAUUCUCACGCGUGGUCGCUUCUGGGACGAGGAAUUCAAUUGUCUAUCUCCACUGGAUAAUGGCCAAAAGUUCGGACAGUUCAAGCAGGAAGUACUUCAAUCGAAAUACAGCAAGAACUUGUUGAAGUAUGUCUUAGGCUGCCUAUCCUUCAAGGAUUAUGAGAGAUUCACGAGAGAGGAUCUAAUGGAGCAUUUUGAGAAAGUAAACUCCGUGUUUGCAGGCACUUAUGUUCCUGAACCCGUAGGCAACUCCCUUGACGGACCCUACCAACCAGCAGAUUCUCGUAUUCCGAGCGGACUUACGAUGGGAGAGGGACUUUUCUAUGAGGGCCUGCUGCAGGUGUUGAACAAAAGACAAAAGGAGACUAAGGAAGAUGGCAAGGACCGAACGCCUCAUAUCGUUACGAUCACGGAUCUUGCAAAGGAUUACGAUGAUUUGAUGGCCAUGAUGUGUCUGAAGGAGCUCGAUCGAAUGUGUAUCAUACAGCUCAAAGGUUUUGUUGCGAAUUUAACCCCAGCUAAGAAGCGAGCACUCUUUGGACGAGGUGCGCUUGAUGCUCUUGGUCUCUCCAAAGUCGAGAUUGGCAUUGGAAGUAUUGGAGACGCCCAGAGAGAGCUGAACAAUUACGGCCACGAAUUUGAUAACACUGAUGACUUUAUCGCGCCCGACGAGACCAGCCUUCCCGAGGGACAAGAUCUUCUGACGAAGAUCUUCACGAAAGCAGCUACAGAUGGCAAAAAACUUACAGUUCUCACGAUCUCGAGCUUGAUGGACAUUGCCGAAUUCUCGAAGAACCACACUGAGCUUCUCAAGAAUAACCUUUCAAAAGUUGUGCUCCAAGGUGGCUAUCGUAUCAUGGAUGGCAAGCUGGUCCCUGAUGCAGCAGCUGCAAAUAACAGAUUUGACCUCGAGGGCGCAGCGACUUUCCACGAAUUCAUCCAGAAGUACAAGGUGCCCUCCACGGCAUGGACCAAAGUCGCCGCAAACGCUACUCCAAUUUACAGCUCCCUCUUCGAAUCUCUACACGAUACCGGUCAUCCCUUGGGCCGCUACUUGCGCGGCGUGCAGACCAGUCAGGAACUGAACUUCUACGCUCGCUGCUGCAGCGACCGCCCGUUUGCGCCACACAUGACUCAAGACUGGGCUGUGAAGACCAAGAGUACAUGGUUCGCCGCUGGUCACGAGCCAGAUGAACCGUAUCCAUUGGGCGAGGCCAUGCUGCCUUAUUUCACCAAGGUGAUCGCGUACGAUGCUCUGGCAGUGGUCGGCGCUUCCGGCGAAGACGUACUGGAGCACUUCAAGCUCGUGAAGCCUCUCGUUAAGCGCCCGGAUGCAAAGGAUGAUCUUCAUCAUGUUGUUGGUAUCCCGAAGACGGACGGAGGGGGUGAGGGAGAUGGGCUUCCCGAGGAGGAGAAUCUUGACGGCAAGAUGAUGGGAAUCGCCAUCUCGGCCCUGAUGAAAGGGUCGCUGCUGGCGGUGCAGCAGGGUUUGUGA